AACGACGCUGUAAACAUAUUAGUUGAGUAUUUUUAACAGUUAAACUAGAGUUAAUUUAAUUUACAUAAUGAUACGUUUAUUACCUUGUAAAAUUAGUGCCAACAAGUUAUUCUCAGUAAAUAUUGAUAUUUUGUUUGUUCUUAAGAAACAUUUUAGGUGCAUAUCUAACCUAAGCAGUAAAAGUGAUACAAGCACAUUAAGUGGCAUAAGAAUAAUGGAUUUAACACGUAUUGUUGCUGGUCCAUACUGUACUAUGAUUUUGGGAGAUCUUGGUGCUGAAAUAAUUAAAAUUGAAAUGCCAGGAGUUGGUGAUGAAAGUAGAAAAUGGGGCCCACGCUUUUCUGAUGACUGCACCGAUGGCUGUUAUUUUCUGGCUUCUAAUCGCAACAAGAAAAGCAUUUGUGUUGAUUUAAAAUCCGCAUCUGGGAAAGAGAUUAUGUACAACCUAGCAAAGUGCAGCGAUGUGUUCGUGGAAAACUACGUCCCUGGCAAACUGGAAGAGUUCGGACUGGAUUACGAGAGCAUGAGGAAAGUGGCGCCACAUCUUGUGUAUUGCUCCAUCACCGGUUUCGGGUCCGAGGGACCUUACAGGAAGCAGCCUGGUUACGACGUGAUAGCUGCCUCCAUGGGCGGUCUCGUGCACAUCACGGGGCCGGCCGAUGGGGAGCCUUGCAAGGUGGGCGUCGCGAUCACCGACAUAACGACCGGUCUGUACGCGCAUGGAGCGAUCCUGGCAGGCCUGCUGCAUCGGCAGCGAACCGGGCGCGGACAGAAAAUCGACUGCAACCUGCUGUCGACUCAGGUGUCGUGCCUGAUCAAUGUCGCCUCCAACUACCUCAACGCCGGGAUAGCGUCCCAUCGCUACGGCACCGCGCACGAGAGCAUCGUACCCUACGAAACAUUCCCAACCAAAGACGGGCGCUACCUCACAGUCGGGGCUGCAAGUGACAAGCAGUACGAGAGCCUGUGCAAGCUGAUGAACCUCCCUAGUUUUGCCAGUGAUCCGAGGUUCUGCAGCAACAGGCUGCGUGUGGAGAACAGAUCCAUCCUCAUCCCACAACUCAGAGCACAUUUCAGACAGAAGGCCCUAGAUGAAUGGCUAUCUAUUUUCAAAGAAGCUCCAUUUCCCAAUGGCCCUGUUAACAACAUAGAACAGGUGUUCAGUGACCCACACAUCAAGGAGAUCGGGCUGGUGAAGGAGCUGGCCCACGCCUCGGGCAGGACUUGCAAAGUUGUCGGGCCGCCCGUUGUCUACAGCGAAAGUACGAACGUCGCUCGCUCCGCCCCGCCUGUGCUCGGCCAACACACCGACGAGGUUCUGAAAAGCAUCCUGGGAUACACCGACGAAAAAAUCCACGCACUGAGGUCCGAGAACGCCGUGAGCUAAGCGACACUAAUUUAAAACUGGUUUUAAUUUUUUUUUUUUACAGCCGGACUAAAUAUUACCUCAGGCAUCUGUGUUUUAGGAAAGUCUAACAACUGUUGAUAAUAUUUAAUAUAUAUAUUUCAUAUAAAUUUUUGUUUUGUUUUAAGCUAUACGUCUUGAGACACAUUGGAGGUCUAAUUUUAGCAUGCAACGGAAAUCAAAUGUGCGUGCGCAUUUCAUCGAUUUGUGUUCAAAAGCAAGAUGUACAACGUAGUACAUAUGUGGUUUGUUCUAAAAAUGACUGAAAAAUAGUUAAUGAUUCAAACUAAUUGAAAAACAUGCUCAUACGUGUUUUUAAGAUUGUACUACUAUAAAAAUUUGUUUUAAUGCUAAACCAGGGAACAAAAUGUCUGCAAUUUGAUUUUCUUCAGGUUUACUUAUAAUUUAUUAGCAGACAAAAUUGUGUUAGGACAUACAUGACAUCUAUGAUAUUUAUCAUUUAAUAAGACAAAAGACAUCUUUAAUAAGAUAAGCAUUGUACUAUUUCUUCCUUUUGCUGUUCAUUAUAUGCUUUAGUUAAUUUUUUAAUCACGCCUAAGGAGUAUAACUUCUUGCUUGCGAACAUGCACUUUUUUUUUCUUACAAAGACUAUCAAAAACAACAGUGUAAAUUAUAAAAUACCUAUUUCUUCUCUCAACCAUUGUGUAGAUCUAAUAUGUUCUUCUUAAUGGGCACAUUGCUUCAGUGUCUUACAAAAACCCAUUUGUUGCAGUCUCACAUUUCAAUGCAACAAUAUGUUUACCAGAUUUAACUUAAAAAUAAUCAUAAAGCACCUUUCUAAAUGUGUGCACAAUUGGCGGACUUUAUGAAACAUAACCAUCAGGUAAUGCUUUAAUGUCAAGGAUGGUGUCUUGCAUGUAACAAGAUGUGUACAGCAUGCUUUCAGGAAAAAAAAACAAUGAAAUUAAACUUUGUAGACCAAAGCCAUAACACACCCAUCAGAAUUUGGUUUAUCCGACUAGUGCUUCACUGUAUGUAAACUUAAUAAUAGUGACGUAGGUGAGUGCAAUGGAAUUACAAACUCAAUCCUCAGAAGCAUUGGCUAACAUAACAUAAAACUUUAUUUGAUAUUUAUGAACAUUUUAUAAAUAUAAUACAAAAAAAUUACAAAUAGUAUUUUUUAUUUUUUGUCAGAAUACCUAUUAGAUAUUUCAAAUUAACUCUACUUGAAAAUAAAGAAAGUACACACAGUAUAAAAUAACAGUCUUAUUUGAAACACAUGAUAAAAAAAAUUUAUACACAAUAUUUUUAGAUCACGUUACCCAAGUAGAAAGAAGACAAAAUUAUACGAAAAAGAAGAUUAAUGUGCUUAUUUCAGUUACUGAGUAAUGUUUUGUUUUAAUUUCCAUAAAAUCUUCUGAAGCUCAGGAGCAUUUGCACUAGCAUAAUUAAGUGCAGUGCACAACACACAAAUAAUUUAAAUUAUGUUGCUUUUAUACAUAACAUUAUUCUUACACAGCCACUUCGCAUGACUUGAAACUUAAAAACAUUAAGAAGCCCAUUUGGAUCUACAUGAUACGGUAAAAGCACACUCCAAAUGAUGUACUACUUAUGACGACAUACUACCAUAUCAACUCGCGUAUGGAUUGCACAGUUAUGCUGAGAUUUUUAGUUUAAAAAAUGUAGCACAGCCCUAAUGUGCAUUUUUAACUUUGGUAAAAAAAAAAAAAAAAAAGCCAUUGCAUGUUUGGUAAAUAACUAGCCUAUGUUGUUUUUAAAAUCGUAGGAUCGCCCCUGUGUAUGGGUCACACAUUUAAGUUCGGGCAAAAAAAAAAAUCUUAACACGUUCACCGUAAGGGUCGCCCUAGAUUAGUGGGUCACACCAUGAUCUGUCUUUUUUUUUUUACCCAUCCCCUUACCAAGAGAGAAAAGACUGCACACUAUUUCCUUGUAAAUAAAAACAGUGCCAGCUCACGGGAGGGGGGUACACUGCUUCAGGGCCACACGCACACCCCUUCCCCUCUUUCUCACUGCCUGGCUGGUUUAUUUUUAGAUUUCCCCCUCUUCUCAGAUGCCAGCACGGCAGCAGACUGCCACGUCACUUACCGGCGACGGCCGGGUAGCCGCCUGACAGGCGGCAGACUCAGCGCAACGGCGCAGUUCACGACGCUUUACACGCACUGCCGAGAUAUUUUAAUAAAACAAUUUAUACUUACUUGUAGAAUAUUUAUCAAAAACCAACAAGAGGCUAGUUAUUUAAGCACAUUGUGCAAUGUUAAUAAUUUUUACCAUAAAUAAGAAAAUUUGCAUAUGAAUCGCAGUACACGUUAUUAAACAAAAAAUCGGCAUGAAAUGUGCGACCCAUAUGUGGCUACAUACUAGGCCUGUGCGAAUACCAGUUAUUUAGUUUGUAUCUAAUAUGAAUAUCAAAUUAUUCACGAAUACAAAUAUUGAAAACAAAUAAUACAAAUGAGAAAUAGAAUCCCACUAAUUUUUUUUUUUCACAUCAUGUAAUAUCUUUUGGAAAAUUAGACAAAUAAUACUAAAGAGAAUUAUGAGGAAAAUCUUUUUUUUUUUCAUAUUUAAAUUAUGAAAUAAUUUUUUUUAAUUAUGCAGUUAAUCUAACUUAACCUAACCAACCAACCUUUCAUUUCAGUUUCUAUUCGCCUUAUUUUCUACAACCUGCUACUCUGCAUACUGACCCAGAAAAUUUUUGCGAACCGCAAAAUACCUACUGUGAAAACCACUGCAAUUUUUUUUU